AUGGGUGUGCAGAUGAGGAGAGAGGGUGCAGAUGGGGAGUGGCCAUGGGUGUGCAGAUGGGGAGAGAGGGUGCAGAUGGGGAGUGGCCAUGGGUGUGCAGAUGGGGAGAGAGGGUGCAGAUGGGGAGUGGCCAUGGGUGUGCAGAUGGGGAGAGAGGGUGCAGAUGGGGAGUGGCCAUGGGUGUGCAGAUGGGGAGAGAGGGUGCAGAUGGGGAGUGGCCAUGGGUGUGCAGAUGAGGAGAGAGGGUGCAGAUGGGGAGUGGCCAUGGGUGUGCAGAUGGGGAGUGGCCAUGGGUGUGCAGAUGGGGAGAGAGGGUGCAGAUGGGGAGUGGCCAUGGGUGUGCAGAUGGGGAGAGAGGGUGCAGAUGGGGAGUGGCCAUGGGUGUGCAGAUGGGGAGUGGCCAUGGGUGUGCAGAUGGGGAGAGAGGGUGCAGAUGGGGAGUGGCCAUGGGUGUGCAGAUGGGGAGAAAGGUUCAGAUGGGGAGUGGCCAUGGGUGUGCAGAUGGGGAGAGAGGGUGCAGAUGGGGAGUGGCCAUGGGUGUGCAGAUGGGGAGUGGCCAUGGGUGUGCAGAUGGGGAGCGGGGGGAUAUUGGGAGUGGGGUUGCAGGUGGGUGUGGUUGAGCAGAUGGGUCGUGGGAUGGAUAUGGGGAGUGGGGCAGGAGAUGGGGAGUGGGGGAGCAGAUGGGUGUGUGGGUGUGCAGAUGGGGAGUGGGGAGCAGAUGGGGGUGUGGGGGUGCAGAUGGGGAGUGGGGAGCACAUGUGGAGCGGGAGUGCAGAUGGGGUGUGUGGUGGAUAUGGGGAGUGGGGGUGCAGAUGGGGAGUGGGGGUGGAGAUGGGGAACGAGGGUGGAUAUGGGGAAUGGGGCAGGAAAUGGGGGGUGGGGGUGUGGAUAUGGGGAGUGGGGCAGGAGAUGGGGUGUGGGGGAGCAGAUUUUGGAGGGGGUGGGGAAGGAGUUGGAGAAAUUGAUUAA